AUGCCUUCUUAUAUCGUCACUUGCAAACAGGAUGCCUCCGACGAGGACGUGCAGGCUGUCAAGCAGCACUCCAUCGAUCAGGGUGGAAAGAUCAGUCACGAGUACUCGCUGAUCAAGGGCUUUGCUGUUGAGUUCCCCGACAGUGUCGUAAACACCCUCGAGUCGCACCCCCACGUGGAGAAUGUCGAGGCCGAUAGCGAGGUCAAGACACAGUAA